AUGAAGUGGCUGUCGGCUCGGCGUUCGGUCUUCCCGCAGAUGGGAUGCGUUGCCUUGGUGUUGCUGGCCGCAACGGAGACACUUUCCUUUGCCAUGGAUUGGGUUUCAGCUGCGGAAAAUGUGCCGAGCACCGAUGCGCCGCGUGAAGGCGUCCAGGUGGGAGCGGCACCGAGGCGGCUCUUGAGUGAGGGGCUGUCCAUGCUUGUAAUGCAGUAUUUGCUCUUUCCCGAAAUGCGAGAAUCUCUCGUUGAUUUGGGAAACAAAAGCAUGGAAAUCCUCAAGGGUGGAGCCACGUACGAUGUCCUUUUAGAGUAUUACCACGAUCUGCAGAAUUGCGUCGUCGUCUUUGAUACGCUCUACGACGGGACGCAUUUCGGCUUGGUGAACCUUGACAAGAUCACAAUCACAUACAGCCAUGUCCAACACCAAGGCGUCAUCGAUUACGAGGAGAGCAGACGCGACGCUGUUGAAAUACUGAAGCAGAAGCAGCGCCACCUUCAAAAAUUCAACCUCCCCAGAGGGUGCAUUGCGGAUGACAAUUCCUAUUGGGUGGGGUACUGCCGAAGUGAGUCACCGCCGUGUUACGUAGGACGCGUCGAAGUCCAUUUUGCGAAGGGUGAGGCAAAUGAGCAACCCAUUCCGCUCGAACCCGUUCCGUAUGAGACGUUUCUCACACAGUUGGUAGACAGAGAGGGCAUGGGCUUCUACGAUGUUGAGGACAUCGUAGAAGCGGAAACGCCGUUGUUCCGCCUCACCUGGGACCCAGAAAGGUGCUUCGUUCACUACAGAUACCUCAGUGACGAUCCGUCAGCAACAAAGUACUACUGGAUUCGAAUUCGACAGGCCUUUCGAAUCGACGUGAAAAAUCCGGAAGACAAGUUCGUUAGGAAGAUGUCCGCAAUGGGAUCGGACUGCGGCGGCGAGGGUCCGGCUGACUUCUCUGUGACGCAUAAGCGUCUUGAUGACGGCAGUUACAAAGCGAUCUUCCGUGCACGCCGCCUCAUGGACUACGAGCCCCGCCACAGCGAUACGAUCGAACUGAAGAAGGCGAACCCGCUCCUUCCAGUACAGGACUGGGACCCGGAUAUGGCCGAAGCCGUGGACUUUAUUGACUUAUUCCCAGAUUCCGGCGCAGCUGCUUUCGACAUGUUAGUUAAGGAGCAUUAA